CUCUACUCUUUAAAAAAUUAGAUAGAAUUGGUUCAAGGCCGAUUGAGGUCGGUUCCAUUAGAACCCAUCCAUUUCCUCACCCCUAAUUUCAAUUUCGUUCCACAUAAGUUAGUGGCUCUGGAGUGAUGCCUGUUGUUUCUUUUAUGGCUCAGAAAUCAGAGUCUUUUGGAUCCACCAUUAAUUAUGUAACCCGAAAACAACCUCCCAAGCAAAUGCAUUUGAAAUUUUCGAGAUUGAAAUUGCGAGCAGAAAAUUAUGUAAAUCCAGAUGAGUUGAUUUCCCUCCACUGAUUCUAAUAUAACUCUUUCUAUCUUACACGUCGAAUGUAUCUAGUUAAAAUUAUCAAUUUUCAGAUAUGCGAUUCCACACUUCAUUGGCCUCCCCUUAUUUCCCUCUUACUCCUCUCCGUCGUUCAAAACCUAGUGGGUUUCUGUCUAAAGCAGUUUGCAGGUUAAGAAAGGAGAGCAAAAGCAGUUCCAGGCGUGGUUUAGCAUCCAUUUCUCUCUCUCUUUUUGGGUCGGGUUUCGUUCUUGGUCCUCUGCUUGAUGGAAUUCAUUCAAGGGUUGAGCUUCAAAUAUAUCAAAAUGAAUCAGUUGACAUCGGACCACUUCAUACAAACAUCUGGGUUCCUAGCUUGCUUGGGGCGUUCUAUUGCACGGUAGGUUUGCUACAACUCUACAUAGAUGAAAGGAUCUCUCACAAAUCCAAGGUUCCACCUGGAAGCUUGGACAAAACAGCAGUUUCACUAAUGGCAUUGGCGCUAUUCAUUGAAUUGAGUGCCGAAAUGUACAAAGCUGGAGUACCAGAUAACAUCGAAGCUUACAUACUAUUUGCUGUGGCUGAAUUCAUAUGGUUUUUCCUAGAUGGCACAUGGUUGGGAUUCACCUUGGCGUGCAUCAUUGGUCUUGGUUGCCCCUUGGCUGAAAUUCCCAUCAUCAAGCUGUUUCACCUUUGGUAUUACCCCCAUGCAAACAUUGAAGUCUUUGGGCAGGGUUUAGUAAGUUGGACAAGCACCUGCUACUUCGUUUACACACCAUUCUUGACAAAUUUGUCGCGCUGGCUGAAGUCGACCAUUACUGCAGAUGAUGAAAAAGUGAACAUGUAACAACCAAUUUGGGAGCUUCGGGUUGAGUGAGCACAACUCAACCAAGUCAACAAACUGAAACGGGGUUUAUUGGGGGCACCCAUGUUCCGUCUUAGGUUCUCAAACCAGGAAAUAAGUGGAUUCCGACCAGUCAAAAUCCAUUGUUGCAAUAAAAUCGUAACAUGUUAAAACCACUUUUGGUGAGGAUUAAAGACGAGCAACUGCACUGCAUUAAUCACCAGCAUACAACAGAGAAAUUUGUUGCUUUUGGAGAUGUUAUGAGUGAGAGGAGAAAUGUGCAGAUCUAAAAUAAAUUAUAUGUUGUUUCUGAGGGCUGAUCAAUGUUAAUUCUUUUUACAAUAUCUGAAUUACAUAUUUUGAUUGAAACUGAUAGAACGAAUA